AUGGCAGGUGUACAGCCAACCCUCCCCGAAGUGCGCCAGUUGCUGCAAGAAGCAAUCAAGCUGCCUAACCCUCCGAACCUGGUGCCGCUAUGCGCUUCCAUUUCUUCCGAGUUCUUGACUCCUUCCUCCAUAUACCUCAAGGUGUCAGCAAAUGCCACAUCGAAGCACUCCUUCCUCUUCGAGAGCGCUGCCACAACCGAGACCAUCGGCCGCUAUAGUUUUGUCGGUGCCGAUCCGCGACACAUGCUCAAGACCGGAGAAGGUCACGGCCCCGAAACAGACCCUUUGCCCAUUCUCGAUCACGAACUCUCGAAAUGUCGCGUCGCAGACAUCCCAACACUCAAGCUUCCUCCAAUGACCGGUGGUGCUGUUGGCUAUGUUGGCUAUGAUUGUGUCAAGUACUUCGAGCCCAAGACCCGUCGCCCCAUGAAGGACAUCCUCAAGGUCCCCGAAUCGUUGUUCAUGCUCUACGACACCAUCGUUGUUCUGGAUCAUUUCUUCCAGAAAGUCAUGGUCGUUACAUAUGUCAAGGUCCCCGAGAGCCUCGAGAAUCUGGAUGCCGCCUACGACGAAGCAAAGCAAAUCGUUCACCGCAUGCUACAAGUCUUGAAGAAGACUGACGCCGUUUUGCCCACACAAGAUCCCGUCAAGCUGGGCAAUGAGUACACCUCGAACAUCGGCCAGGAGGGUUAUGAAAAGCACGUCCACACACUGAAGGAGCACAUCAGCUCCGGAGACAUCAUUCAAGCCGUUCCUUCGCAGCGCAUGGCUCGCCCCACCUCCCUACAUCCCUUCAACAUCUAUCGCCAUCUCCGCACCGUCAACCCCUCGCCAUACCUCUUCUUCCUCGACUGCGAAGAUUUCCACAUCGUAGGCGCCUCGCCCGAGCUGCUCGUCAAGGCCGAGAAUGGCCGUAUUUACACUCACCCUAUCGCUGGUACCGUUAAGCGCGGUCCCACGGCCGAACAAGACGAGCAACUUGCCCAAACAUUGCGUGACUCGCUCAAGGAUCGUGCCGAGCACGUCAUGCUGGUUGAUCUGGCUCGUAACGACGUGAACCGUGUUUGCGACCCCCUGAGUACCCGUGUCGAUAAGCUCAUGGUCGUUCAGAAGUUCUCCCACGUGCAGCAUCUCGUCUCAGAGGUCAGUGGUGUGUUGCGUCCAGACAAGACUAGAUUCGAUGCUUUCCGUAGUAUCUUCCCUGCUGGUACCGUCUCUGGUGCUCCCAAGGUCAAGGCCAUGGAGCUUAUCGCAGAAUGCGAGGGCGAGAAGCGUGGUGUCUAUGCUGGUGCUGUUGGGUAUUUUGGCUACAGCAGUGUCGACCUCAAGACUGGCCAAGAGACCGAAGGCGCUAUGGAUACUUGCAUUGCUCUGCGAACAAUGCUCAUCAAGGACGGUGUGGCAUACCUGCAAGCUGGUGGUGGUAUCGUUUUCGACUCUGACCCAUACGACGAGUACAUUGAGACCAUCAACAAGCUCAAGGCAAACACAACAUGUAUUGAGCAAGCCGAAAAGAAGCACUACGACGAGCAACAAGAAGACCUCGAGACCUCAAAGUCAGAGGAGAAGCCUCACAUCGACCUGGCUGCUGGUUAG